CUAAGCUACCUUACACUACUAAACUCUGAGGUGACGGCGCCCUUUCCCAGAGAAACCCUGCUUGCCAGGAAUCACUGAGAUACCAAGCGAAUCCAAUUCAGCUCGACUGCUGAAGAUGGCGACUCCAUCAAUCGCCUGUAUAGGCAUCAUUGGAAAGCACAACAAUCCUCUCCAUAUAUCUCUCUUUCCGCCGCACUCCAAAGACCGACUCAAAUUCUCCUUUCUGCUCUCCUCAUGUAUCGACAUCUUCGAGAUUCGAGCGCUCAACAAGACCGUCGAUCAAGACCUGGGAUUGCUGCAAGCGGUUGAUGAGAGACUAGCCAUGUAUGGCUGGUUAACGAAUACUGGGAUCAAAUUUAUUAUUGUCGUUGAUAUGGAGGGAAGACCUGUGCCGGGCGAGAUAUCGAGUGGGACUGCGGUUACCGGGUUGCGUGGGGCGGACUUGAAGCCUGCUUUCCGCGCGAUCCAAACUGCGUAUAUACGACUUCUACAAAAUCCAUUUUACAGCCCUGACGAUCAUACCCCGCUGGAGAUUGCGAACAACCCGCUCUUAAAAUCGUCGCAGAUUACGAGCAAGAGAUUUAUCGAUGAUAUGAGGCGAAUUGGAGAUGCAUGGGCGCCGGGAGUCACAAAUAUAUAAAGGAGGGAAAGGGGCUUGGAUGCGAAUCCGAAUGAUUCACAUCUAGUUGAGAGGGCCAGAAAAUUUUCUGAAGAAGAAUCCCGUGCCCUUGCCGGUGAAAACACAUCCCGAAGCAUCGGAUCCUUCUAUAAUCUCGCCCAAGGGCAGAUAACGGGAACUGGAAUAGUCGACGAUCCAGCUUUAUAGAGGACAGGACCGGAAUACGCCUGGCGUUGUUGCUUCAUACAUGAUACCCAUAAAUAUGUCCAGGUUAAGGGCUGGACCUGUAAAUAUUCCAUACGGAGAGAAAUCUUAGGGCGGUUGAGUGAAGCUACUUUGCGCAGGGUAGUCCUCAGCGCAUAUGUGCACUUUGAAGAAACUCGCCCAUGUCAACGAACACCACAUGGAAGGACGGAGACUCCCCAGACUCCAAUGUAUCAUAAUUCGGAA